AUUACCACGUAGCGAUGUAACUCAAAUUGCUACGUUGCUCACAAAUAACCUUGACGCAACCGUAGGCUCGACCCUGCCAUGCGUCUCCUGACUAGCGAACAACUUUUUGACCUGUGCUCGUCGGCAUUGCGCGAUGGGUGAUUUUCCAAGGAGCCGAGUGGUUGUGUGCGACAAUGGCACAGGCCUUGUCAAAUGCGGGUUCGCUGGCGACAGCUUCCCGCGGGCAGUCUUUCCCUGCAUGGUGGGGCGGCCCACCUUCCGCUACAACGACCCCUUCUCCCAGCAUCAGCAGCUCAAGGACAUCUACGUGGGCGCGGAGUCCUCAGCUCACAAGGCCCAGCUGGAGCUGUCGUACCCCAUGAGGAACGGCGUCGUACAGAGCUGGGAUGACAUGGGCCUCAUCUGGGACCACGCCUUCGGCCCCUCCCAGCUCUCCAUCGACCCAACCGACUGCCGUAUCCUGCUAACCGACCCCGCCAUGAACCCAACCGCCAACCGCCAGCGCAUGCUGGAGGUGAUGUUCGAGUCGUACGGCUUCGCGGGCGCCAACAUGCAGAUCCAGGCCGUACUCACGCUGUACGCGCAGGGGCUGCUGACGGGGCUAGUGGUGGACUCGGGGGACGGGGUGUCCCAUGCGGUGGCGGUGGUGGACGGGUACGCAUUCCCGCACCAGACCAAGCGCCUCAACGUCGCGGGUCGUCACGUCACCGCCCACCUGCUGGAGCUGCUGCAGCGGCGCGGCUACCCCCUCAAUCGUACGGCAGAUCUCGACACCGUGCGGGACAUCAAAGAACAGCUCGCCUACGUGGCAUUUGACGUGCAAAAGGAACUCAAACUUGCGCGCGAAACCACCUACGUAAUGCGUUCGUACACGCUUCCGGACGGGCGUGUCAUCCGCAUUGGGCCUGAGCGUUUCAUGGCACCCGAGGUGAUGUUUAACCCGCGGUUGUUGGAUAUCGAGGCGCCGGGAAUUGCCGAGAUGGCGUUUAACGCGAUCCAGGAGGCGCCCAUUGAUAACCGGCGGGGGCUGUACGAACACAUCGUGAUCAGCGGUGGGUCCACCAUGUAUCCGGGCAUGUCGACGCGCAUGGAUAAGGAGAUCCGGGAGCUGUACGUGCAGCGGGUGCUCAAGGGCGACAUGGGCGGGCUGCGCAAGUUGAAGCUACACAUCGCGGACCCGCCCAACCGCAAGCACAUGGUGUUCCUGGGCGGGGCGGUGCUGGCAGACAUCAUGAAGGACCACACGGAUUUCUGGAUCACUAAGGCGCAGUACCAGGAGGAUCCCGCUGGAGCUCUUCGUAAAUGCGGAGUGGCCUAGACCACUAGCUGCACCUUUAAAUGGUGCCAACUUUACCAUGCAUGUUUUCAUCCAUAGUUAAUAUUAUACGUUUGCACGGAGAGGAGGAUGACUGCAUUCUUGGGCCGCCUGCUUGCCUUGACUGAUCGCCGUUUAAGGGUUCCGGAGCUGGCUUUCUACACAGACGAAGCCCUUUUGACUUACCCACAUCGUUGUACCUUGUAUGCUGUAUCCUUGACUAUCUACUUGUGUUAAUCUUAGUUCUACAUCUGAUUGUGCGGUCGAACAAGCGUGCAAACAAGCGUGUGACGAAUGCCAUGCAGAUUUAGCGGUUUCUACCGCUAGACUGACCUUAUCAUCAUUUUGGUAACUGGAAUUGUGGUGCAGUUACAUAGGGUUGAGGCCCAACCACAGGGCUGUGGAGGGCGAUGAACCUCCGAUGCGGCAUGCCAUGCACAGCUCGUAUUUAUAAACAAAAUACUAUCCGGUCGCCAGUAUGUGUAACUGCAUCAGCUCGGCCACGCUUGGGCGCUCGUCGUCGAUGGGGCGGCACGGCGUUAGGCCAACCCAGCCAACCUUCACAUCUUGACAGUUGCAGUUUAUCCAGUAAUAAGUACUUAUGGGGGAAGCGAUGCAGCAACGAUGUUCCGCGGGGCCAGGUUAUCAUGGCGUCGUCCGAGUCCAGCAUGCUGCUGCCGCUGGGCUUGGACUUUUUGACUUUCCUGUCAGCCACGGUGCUGGUCAUCCCGCUCUUCAAGUCGCUAAAGCUAUCGCCUGUACUGGGAUUCCUCUUCAGCGGCGUGGUGCUGAAGCAGCUUGGGUUGUUCCAAGACCUGCAGGAUACGGAGCGGCUCGGCGAGCUGGGAGUGCUGUUCUUGCUGUUUGAAAUGGGUCUGGAGCUGUCGUACGAACGGCUCAAGUCGUUAGCAAAGUACGCCUUCGGUCUGGGGUCCCUCCAGGUGAUCCUGUGUACCGGCAUCUUCACCUCCUUCGCCCUGCCAGUGGGACACGGACUGGGGACAUUGUUCCUGGAGGAGUUCGCGCACGCCCCGCACCGCCUGGUCUCCAUCCGCAGUGUGGACGAGGCGGUUGUGAUCGGCGCCGCGCUGUCCAUGAGCUCCUCCGCCUUCGUGCUGCAGCUGCUGCGGGAGCGGGGCGAGCUGGCCACCCGCUUCGGCAGCGCCACACUGGGGGUGCUGCUGUUCCAGGACAUCGCGGUUGUCCCCUUCCUGGUGCUGCUGCCUCUGGUGACCAGCAAGGGCGGGGCGGAGAUCAUGGAGGGUGCCGCCUCCUCCCCCGUCAGCCUGCUUACCAUGCUGGGUCCCACCGCGCUGCAGACGGUGGCGGGGCUGGGGGCGCUGCUGCUGGCGGACCGGCUCAUCAUGAAGAGGAUAUUUGAGAUGGUAGCCCACUCCCGCAACUCCGAGACCUUCAUCGCGCUCUGCCUGCUCACCGUGGCCGGCACCUCGCUGCUCACACAGCGCCUGGGGCUCAGCGACACCAUGGGGGCAUUCCUGGCGGGGGUGCUGCUCAGCGAGACAAACUACAGGACGCAGAUCGAGGCUGACAUCCGGCCCUUCAAGGGGCUGCUGCUGGGGCUGUUCUUCGUCACCACCGGCUCCUCCAUCAACCUCGCAUUCCUGCAGGCGCACUGGCAGGAGGUGUUGUGGAUGUUGGCGGGUCUUGUGAGCAUCAAGACGGGGGUGGUGGCGGUGACCGGACAGCUGUUCGGGCUGAGCAGGAAUGAGAGCAUCCGCACCGGCUUCGCUCUCUCCCAAGGCGGCGAAUUCGCGUUCGUACUGCUGUCGUUGGCCAACCAACUCCGAAUUCUUCCAACCAACCUCAACCAACUGCUCAUUAUCGUGGUUGUCCUCUCCAUGGCCCUCACCCCCUUCCUAGCGGAGGGAGGCAAAGUGGUGGCCAACAAGCUCGACCAGCUCUACCCGCCCCCGCCCCCGCCCGGCCAGCCGCCGCAGCUGCCACUGCCGGGGGGGUCGGGGGGUGCGGGGGCGAUCACCAUCGAUGUGUCCGCCUCCCCCGUCUCCUCCUCCGCCGCUGCUUCAUCCCAGUCGUCAGGGCUGCUGACAUCUGCCG